UAACAGGGAUGUUUUCUCUAUUUCAGUUAGUUUCUCUAGAUGUCACAUUUCCUACUUUUGCAUAUCGUAAAACUGAAACCGCCUCUGUGGUUAAGAGUGAAAAGUCUUCUGCAUGGUUAUGCUUUCAGUUAUUUUACAGCGGGCUUAGGUGUGCUGUCUGUGUGAUGGAGGUUUUACAGCAUUCAUAUUUACAACUUCUAAAUAUACUUUUAUUGACUUUAUUGGAACUCAAAGCUGAGACACAGACACCCUGCAAACACCUUAAUGCUGGCAGCAUCAACUCUGCACAGGGUGACAAUGUAUCUAUUUAUUGCCAUACCACAAACCAAAACUCAAACUUUAGUGUUAAACUACGCAGAACCAACCCAGAUGAAGUCGUCCUACAGUAUCCAAAUCCAGCAUCACAGCUUCACAGAUGGUCUGUAAGAACUGAUGCUGGACAUGUUAUACUUGAUCUUCAAAAUGUCACUUUACGUGAUUCUGGCCAAUACGAAUGUGAGGUGCACAGUGGUUUAGAGUGCACCACAACUAAACUGUCACUGAGGGUCAAAGAGUGUAAAGUCCUGGACCCAAUUUGGACAACUGAAAAGUCUACAGUUACGCUACCCUGCCCUGAACAUCUAAACGUUGAGUGGGGAGUCAUUCAUGGUGACAAAUCAACAGAUGUAACCCAAUCUUCAUGCGAGCACUCCGACAAUAGAAACGGAGCACCCAAGCCUCUGUGUGAGAGAGUAAGAAUAAAUGGAUCUCUCGUCAUACGUGAUGUCUUAAAGACUGAUGCACAGUGGUAUCGGUGCAGAGUGAAUAAAACGCCCUGCUAUGAUGUAAGGCUGCACGUUAAAGAUCAUGAGACAUCUCAUUCAACAACAGCAGUGCAAGUCACAGUUCUCACAAAUGUAUCAGUCUCCACUGUUAGUCUUGCUGUCCAUAGUGAGGGCAAAGGGAGCUCGACUGCAGCAAUCUCUAUAGUAUCUCUGUGUGUCAUCAUAACCUUGAUCAUGUUUGGGAUUCUGUAUCUGAGAAAACGAAAGAGCAAAACCAGAAGCCAAAUUGAAUUUAACCGGAACUCCUUAUAUUUUCUUCAGGAUUCUGUAUAUUACUCUCAGAUUUCAGAUGGGCUUCAAUUCCCACUAUAUUAUUUGUUGGACAAUAAUACAGAUGCAAUGACUACCUUUGUUCCUGAACAAACAGAAGCGACUGCAUAUGGAAAUGUUGACCAACCUGUAACAAAAUGCAGUUGUUAAUGUUUUCACUUGUUUUAUUUUGACAUUCAAAUCUCUUUGUGCACUUUAACUUCUGACUUACUAAUGCUAUGCCAUCUUUCACAAGCUGUAAUAAAGAAUAAAAAUCUGUCUGGCCAUAUCGCUUUGUAACGCCUUUAAAGUGGCAUCUGAAAACAAAUUGUUGUUUUCCUUUCAGCCGUGAUGAAACCAACUAUGUAGCUUUGGUCACUACCAAAAAUACUUUCAUGAAACAAUGUGCAAACAUUUCUUUAAAUCUUCUCAAAAUCCACACCCUAAACACACACAUACUGUAAGCCAGUACUAAUCCUUCCCAUUUUAUUAUUGCUUAAUAUCAAUUGUCACACCAAUUUACUUUUGAAGCUUAGCUAUUUUAAAAGUAAAGGUUAAAGGUUUAUCAGUAUGUAUUGUCAUUCUUCAGGGAAUUUUUUUGAGUGAUGUUACUAUAAAUACUAUUCAGGUGUUACAGUAUUAUGAAUGACACGCAAUAUCACAAGAUUAAAUU